AUGGUGUUUUUAAAGGGCGGCCAGCUUAUGAGGAAGUUUGAAUUACGGCUAGGUCGAGUACUCUAUGCCGAUUUAACUAUAGUCAAUGAUAGGACGAAGCCGUUUCCGAAUGUAUUGGGUCUUUGCAAACCAUUCAUUGAGGAUGGUCCAGGUGCAACCAUGGUGUUCGUCCACGGCACUGUGCCCAAAUUUCUUCAAGCCCAGUCUAGUGGGCCGUUCAUCAGUAAGAGAGAUUCUUGCCGAGACAUCACAACUGCUUGUAUUGCACAGUUGACACAGAGCUUGACUUUGGCCGACGAAGCCUUGGAACGCGCGCAGCAUCUUUACUGCGUUGCACAAGGGUUCUAUGGGCUUCUUCCCUAUGCAUCUGAGUACUGGAUUGAGCACCUACUGGGGUGCCUUGAGCUUAGUCAAGGACUUUGCACACCCGAUCCUUCGAGCAUUCGAGAAGAAGUCAUUGAGCUAUCCCGUUGGUUCGAUCUUGAGGAAGAAGACGACACGCGGAUCUCCAAUGCAGGAAGCCUUGACCCUCGUUUGCAUUGGCUCGAAAGCCUUCCCUCAAUGAAAGCACUAGUCCAAGAAGCCCUCGAGUUGCGCAAAACGACAAAGAAAUCGGAUGAUACGAAGAAUUUAUUAUACCUACGUCGUAGACCUCUUAAGAGAGAUAAAUUGUCCAACGCUUCUUCCGAGGACUUCACCGCUUUCAAAGAAGAAUAUGGGCCGUCCUCAUUUGUGUGUUCCGUCUAUGGAUGCGAUAAAGCUGUAGUUGAGUACUCUUCAGCCUCACAACUAAUGAACCAGUCAACGAGACAUCACCAGAAACUACGAUGCUUCAAACAAGACUGCUUCUAUAACGAUGUUGGGUUUCUCUCUCCAAGACAUCUCAGAGACCACCAUAGAAGAUGUCAUCCCCCACCCCCACAACCAUCGCUACCUCAGCAGAUUAUAUCAGAACUGUAUCAGCAGAGCCCUCCAGAAUCUUCGGGCUACAAUGGUCUAAGAACGUCUGCGCCUUCCCUAGCGGCUGCGCCUACACCCGCUGCACCCCAGCAGGCACCCCAGACUCCGCAGCAGCAGACUCCUCCGCUCUCACACUCGUCUGACCACUCGGCCAACUGUUUCGAUGCCGGCUACGAGUAUCCUACAACACCACUGUCUAUACCUUCUAGUCCCGCCAGCCCCGCUGAAGCUGCAGCAGCAGAAGAAGAAGAAGAAGAAGAAGAAGAAGAAGAAGAAGAAGAAGAAGAAGAAGAAGAAGAAGAAGAAGAAGAAGAAGAAGAAGAAGAAGAAGAAGAAGAGGCAGUAGUAUAAGUUUCCUGACGAAGACAGGGCCGAUGGUGUGGGGUUAGGGCUGGACGGAGGCAGCGUUCGGGGCGGAAUAUGGGCGGAGGGGGGCGGAGAAACAAGUAGAGGGCGACUACGGUAGACGAACAAGUCCGGGGAGGAUGGGAGGGGGCUCUUCUUACCUUCAAUUCCUCGUUAAGAUAAAAUGAAGAAGCCUUGGGGGCGUUGAGGUCUGAGGAGUAUGCACGCUACAAAGGUUUCAGAGCCUUGUCCGUUCUUCAGUUCUGAGACCUCAAUCUCGAGAUUAUGGAUCUGGACCUUUGUGAGCUGUGGUUUUACUAGAGCCCCCAUGAUUGUGUGUG